UUUUGACUUGGAACCUUCAGAAAGGUUUCGUGACUCCGCUAGUCCCCGGGGGGAUUGGCCGCCUUUCGCCCACGCCAUGGGAUGCGGCAGCAGUGCGGCGGCACCCAAAGCGGAGGUGGACUCUCCGAGUCCGGCAAGUCGGGUUGGAGAGGCGGAGCCGACGGCGGAACCGCCAAGGCACGACGAGGUCGCCGAGGUCGCCCAGAAGGGCGAAUCUGCUGCUUUGCCGCUGCUCUCCCGCGAGUCUGGAAUUGCCAGGAGUCUGCGCCCGGCGAUGGGGAUAGGUCCACUGAGGUGCCGGCCAGCCCGGAGCGAGAGGCCGAGAGGCCUGCCAGUCAAAUGUCCGGGGUGUCUGUGAUCGACGACACGGCCGACGACCUGGGACAAGAUCCAUCGCACCAAGCUAUGCUGCACGAGCUGGAGGGCAUUAUGUCCAGCAUGGAGGCGGAGCUACUUGACCCUUCCAGGAAGCACAACGAAUCGCCGGCGAGGUGUGAGCUGGACAAAGAUGACGAGGAGCUCCUGGUGGAACUUCUCGAGGACCUGAAAGAUCCACUGUGAAGGCGGCGCAGGUGCUCCCUGCGGACGCGCCAUUGUAAUGGUAGGUGCAUUGCCGGUGGAAUUUGCCAUCUUGUGCCGCCAGAAAAUUCGCGGAGACUCCGCGGGAAGAAAAGAGAGGCCAAACCGCGCCUUUCGGUAAGUGUCAGGCACCUUGGAUUGAAC